UCCACGUCGCACAGCUGCCGUGGGACAGAGGACUCCACACCGACGUAGCCCUUUCGAUUCCGUAGCACGUGCUUCGGCUUCCUCAGUCACGGAGCAGGUCGUCUCGGCGAAGAAGAGGAGAGGAACAAGCUUUUCUCUCCUUUGACGCAGCAUAUAUUUUGCCCACAACCAACCACUGAAAAAAACAUCAACAAGGCCACCGCAGACACCACGCGCGCCAUUCUUGGCAUUGCUUCGGUGUGGCCGGAGACAGGAGCAAGUGGGGGUACUGCUGCGCGUUGGUCGGCGGCGUGGGCGGCAGGGGCUGGCUGCCAUGGUUUCUUCCCGGCGAAGAAUAACGGUCUGUGUGGUAGGUGCAAUGUGCGCCUCGGCGCCACCAGCUGAGGGCUUCACCCCACCAGUCUGUUUAGCGCGUGUUUGUGGUGCGGGGGACGCGUUCUACUCCGCGGAGCGUCGAUUAGCGGCAGGCUCCGGGGCGGGCAGAGAUGGCGGCAGUGGCGGUAGGCGAGGGACGAUGAGAGGGCGAGAGGCAGCUGCUGCGCCCGUUGCGCGUGGAGCGUUGCCAGCACCUCCUACAAGAAGAAGGUCGACAGCAGCACGGUGGAUGAUACAACAUCCCGCCCCAAGUAGGUCAGCAGCAACGAGAAUGAUGUCUGCCGCCGUCGCAGCAGAGCCAGUAGAAGAGCUAGACACACUGCGGCCGCCGCCACCGCAGCUGCCCGGGAUGCCGUUCGACAUGCGAGACGACAGCGAGUUUUACCUCGAGAUGGAGCGAAAGAAGGAGGCCGGACCGACGUACACUAGGGACAGCGAUAUGGUAGGCCUCGGAAAGGUUUCCACAAAAAAGUCGGCGAAGCGGGACGGCGGCGGCGGCGGCGGCGGCGGCGGGGGGGACGCCCUCGCCUUCUACCUCCGCACUGUCGCCAAGGUCGAUCUACUCAAGCCCCACGAGGAGAUAGUGCUCGGGCGGCAGAUCCAGAAAGGAGUCUCCUAUGAGAACACCCGGGAUCACCUCCAGCUCAUGCGCGGCUACGAGCCUACCGAGGAGGAGUGGGCGGUGGCGCUCGGCAUGGACCGGGAGGAGCUGGUGAAGGAGCUCAGCAGGGCAAGCAAGGCCAAGAUGGCCAUGCUGGCCGCGAACCUAAGGCUCGUCGUGAGCGUAGCCAAGCGGUACCGCUUCCAGAAGCUUAGCUUCCAGGACCUGAUCCAGGAGGGGACGUUCGGCCUCGUGAAGGCGGCGGAGAAGUUUGACCCGGAGAGAGGGUUCAAGUUCUCCACCUAUGCCACCUGGUGGAUCAAGCAGAGCAUCAUGCGGGGCAUCGCUGACCAGAGCCGAAUUAUCCGGCUGCCGGUGCACGUGCACGACUUCCUCAACCGGGUCCGUAAGGCCACGCUCGAGAUGACGGAUAAGAAUGGAAAGCUUCCCACCGACGAGGAGCUGGCCGAGCACCUGGAGGUUUCGGCGGUUAGAAUUCAGUACUACCGCGACGCCGCUCAGGCGACCCUGAGCAUGGAGGCCCCUCGGACCAUCGCUUCCAAGACUUCCACCUCCCCUGGCAAGAAGGUGGAAAUGGGACAGGGUGUCUCUGGUCCGGAGAAGACUCCCGACAAGCAGGCGCAGAGCGACGUCAUGAAGCAGAAGGUCACGGAGCUGCUGAUGACGUUGAGCAUCAGGGAGCAAGAGGUGGUGAAGGCGCGCUUCGGCCUUGGCGGUGCCCUUCCCCGCACGCUGGAGGAGGUCGGGCGGGACUUCCGGCUGACGCGAGAGCGAGUGCGGCAGAUCGAGGCCCGCGCGCUGCACAAGCUCCGGCAGCCGUACCGAAACUACCGCGUCCGGGACUUCAAGCUGGACCAGAUGCUGGUACAGGCCGGUGUGCUCGGCCCACCGAAGGGGGCGAUCAAGGCGGCGAGGCAGGCCGUGGCGGAGGCGGAGGCGGCCGCUAAGAGGAACGAGGUGGCGCUGGUACACCAGCGGAUGGGCACUGCGCCCGGAGGGGGGAAGCCCGCGGGGGACGUGGGGAUCACCUCAGAGCUGCAGUCCAUCGUUGGCUCCAAGGGCAAGGAGCUGGGGGAGAAGGAAGGAGGUUGGGGGGAGCUGUCUAGUAGUAGCAGACAAGAGCCUUUGCUGGAUGUUGGGCUGAGCGUCGGUGCCGGGGGUGCGAGCGUCGGCCGCAGGCCGAGGGGGAGACCAGCCAACGAGAUGUUGCUGCGAAAGAGGCUGCGGCAAGAAGUGGCAGAGGAGGAGGAAGAGGAGGAAGAGGAGGAAGAUGAUGCGUUCUUGUUUGAGGACGAGUUCGCGAACGAGCUUGACAAGCACCUGGACGACGACUUCGAAGACGACUUCGAAGACGAUCUCGCCGCCGCUGUUUUCGGGAGCGACGGGAAGUCGGGGUCGAGGGGGGGAAAGGUAUCGAUGGACGCCGUGCGCACGCUCAAUAAGGCGUGGACGAACACGGCGAACAGCUCGCCGAGAGAGGCUGCCGACCAGCUGUCGAUGAUGGGCGUGGCGCCGAGGUCAGCGGACGAGGAGGAGCAGCAGCUGCUCUCGACCCUCGACUCGCUAAACCUAUUAGACGACGACGACGACGUGGGGGGCCGGGCGGGAGCGGGGGUGUCGGAGUCGAAGGAGGCGAUGGACAGACUCCAGAACGAGAUGAAGGUGAACCCGAUGGGCUUGGGGGAUAGGGCAGCGGCAGCGGCGGCGGCGGCGACGGCCUCCAGUAGAUCGCUGCAGGCUGCAUAGUCGUAGGGACGGGGGGGCGCCUGGGGGGGGCGAAAACGCACGAUUCCCCCCCUGUUGCUGCCUGCGACCGACCAGAACCGGACUAUCGGAGGUGGAUGACGGGGGGAGUUCAGUUUUACGAUUGUCGAAAAGAGCGAAUAGCGGGUGUGCACGCGUUCUCUGGUAGGAUGGAUGCAUCUCGCGAUGGAUGCGACUGGCUCCCAUUCCAUUACCAUAUCUGGCCUUUUCUGAUUUUGGGUUGUUCGGUAUUGUAAAGGAAUGGUCGUACGAGAAGAGUAGUCAUGAAGUCGAAAGCGCGUGGUCCAGUUACCAUAGCACGGCCUGCGAGACUUACUCCCGACGGGCUGAGACGGGCGGAGACGCGAGAUUUUAGCCGGAGAGGAGUCGGUUGCUUGCUCUCGCCUGCGGUGCCCCUACCGGGAGGGGCGGGGGGUCAUGGGCCUAUGUCUGUGGCAAGGGUCCACUCAUUGUAAUAAAAGGGCGUUGAGGGAGGAAAUGAGGGUGCGCCGGCGGGGUACAAGCGCUUGCGGUCGGUGUGUCUUUGUUGUGUUUGGGGCUUUUGUGUUGUCCGUUCCAAACACCAUUUGGAGUUGGCGUGAGUUUUGACAAACCAGGGCUGAACUUGAUUCGAUGAGGGUGCUAUUUGGGUGGGACGGGGGCAAAACUAGUGGGUAAACUAUUUUUUCUUUGGGGGGGGAGGGAAAUGCGUACGUAACCUUUUCGUGUGUUGUAAUUGUUUGGGGGGCAAACGUGACAUCAUCAACCAGCAGAUUAUGGCGUAGAGAGGCGACGAUGUGGCCGGUUGUGAUCAGAAUAUCACAGCAAUUUAGAGUUGCCGCCGGCAUUGCUUUCCGCGCCUACGUUGCCGCGCCGCGCACACGUGUAUGGCUUGGAGUAGGCGGGUCGUGCGUCGUGCACCGAACAACCAAUUGAUGAAAUGAACUUUUUGUAGGUGGCGAUCCUGUUUGGCACCAUUUUUUUUUGGAAUAUUUGUUCAGUCUCUCGGUGCGACGCCUCCCUUGCUGGGAACACGAAGUACGCCCCCAUAGCCUCCCACGUUUAGCGCACACAAGAAUCACCACGUGCUGACGUACAGCAUGUCAACCGGGAACGACGUUCGGCCUGUUGAGCGGCACAGUCCAGGCGGGUUCGUGUGUGUGUGUGUGUGGGGGGGGGGGGCUCGAAAUCAUUCCAUUUGCGGUUUUCGCGGUGCCCCUGGCGGACAGGUGUUGUGGUAGACGUGAUUCUGCUGUAGAGACGAGGGUUUGUCCCAACGGUAGGUUGGGUAGGACAGGUGUGGCAUCGUCGUCCCCCGUAGAUGAGCGUAACGGCAAUGCUUUGCUGUGGCGGGUAGGCUCAGGUGCGGAAAGGAUGAUGUCGGCCGCGGUGGAACGGCUUGACAUGCAGCAUGAAACAAGUGUUGUUGUGUUCCGCCGAUCUACGUCGAUGCCGGUCGGUCGCGUUUGGCCACGCUGCGACAAAUACUGGUGUGAUGUGCAUGGUUCGACAUUUUUUUUUCCGUUCGCGUCGCAGUGUUCGUCUACUUAUGGUUCCGAACAUUGUCGCUCGUAGCCGCCUGCUGUAUGCUGCACCAUCGCCAGGAGCUUCGAGUUCCCCGGUAAUACCUCACCAGGCGAUAACGCCUCUUCUAUUUUUGGU